CUCCGCCACCUCCGUGUCACUGCUGUGUACUUUUCCCUCACACCCCGGCAGCAGCCACGCUGCCCUUCCGCCGAGCCACGCACAGGAAACUCGCGGGCGAUGAGCCCGGCCCGGGGCACGUGCAGAGCGCGGAGGUCCGAGAGCGGCCGCCGCCUCAGAGCCCCGCGCUGCCGAUCCCCGGCUACUCCGGGAACUCCCGCGAAGCAAAGUGCCCGCAGCGAGCAGGAACCACCUCACGGAGCAGAACCGCGGUUUGCCACUCAGAGGAGAUACCCCGCAAAAAGCACAACGUUCCCGCAGCAGAAGGGCCGAGCAGCGCACGCCGCACCGGAGCCCACCGGCCGCUCCACCUUAAGGAGGGCCGGGGUCGGCUCCGCGCUCGCCGCCCAGACUGGCGCGAUUGGCGGCCGGGGCGAUGGAGGCGGGGCCCGGCGGCGCUCGCUAUAAAUAUUCAUGAGAGCACGGCACCCGGACUGGCGCUGCCGGGGCCGAGAAGUGAGAAGUUGCGCGGAGGCGCUGCCGCGCUCAGCCCGCGGCUCAGGUGGCGAUCGCGGCCGGUGAGCCCGCGGCCGGAGCGGAGCGAGCAGCGGCCCGGCCCGGCUGGAGGCCGUCCGCGGAGCGCGGCGCUCGUGCGGGCGGCGGGACGAGUCGCUCCGGCCGCCGCCGCUGGUCCGUCUCCGCCGUUGCCCUGCUCGGGGCGGUGGGAGCGGGGCAGCGCCUCGUCCCGGGGCCGCCUCGGCCAUAUUGACCGCGCCGCGCGGGGGCCGAGAGCGAAAACUUCUCUCGGCAGUCGCAAGAGCCCUCCCGCAGCCCGGAGACAUGCGAGGCCGGCUGAGCGGCCUCCCCUGAGCGGAGCCCCCUCCGCCGGGCACAGCGCCCGCGGGGCCGCCCCCUCACCUGCCGGGGCCGCGGAGCGGGACGGGAGGAGGGGAGGCGGCCGGGCUCGCCGCCGCCGCCCGCCGCCCAGCAUGGAGUGGAGCUACCUGUUGGCCGUCACCCCGCUGCUCGCCGCCCUGGCCCUGCUGCAGCGCGCCGGCUGUGCCGCCGCCUCGGCCGCCGCCGCCGCCUCGUCGUCGUCCUCGUCGUCGUCGUCGGCCAAGGAGCUGUCGUGCCAGGAGAUCACCGUGCCGCUCUGCAAGGGCAUCGGCUACAACUACACCUACAUGCCCAACCAGUUCAACCACGACACGCAGGACGAGGCCGGCUUGGAGGUGCACCAGUUCUGGCCGCUGGUGGAGAUCCAGUGCUCCAGCGACCUGCGCUUCUUCCUCUGCAGCAUGUACACCCCCAUCUGCCUGGAGGACUACAAGAAGCCGCUGCCGCCCUGCCGCAGCGUCUGCGAGCGGGCCAAGGCGGGCUGCGCGCCGCUCAUGCGCCAGUACGGCUUCGCCUGGCCCGAUAGGAUGCGCUGCGACCGGCUGCCGGAGCAGGGCAGCCCCGACACGCUCUGCAUGGACUACAACCGCACGGACCUCACCACGGCCGCGCCGCCGCCCGCCAAGCCCCCCCUGCGCGGCGCCCGGCCCGGCGGCCCCGCCAGGGCGCCCCCCCCCGCCGCCGCCGCGCCCCCGGCCGAGGCCCCGCGCCCGCCGCCGCCCUGCGAGCCGGGCUGCCAGUGCCGCGCGCCCAUGGUGUCGGUGUCCAGCGAGCGGCACCCGCUGUACAACCGCGUGAAGACGGGGCAGAUCGCCAACUGCGCGCUGCCCUGCCACAACCCCUACUUCAGCCCCGACGAGCGCGCCUUCACCGCCUUCUGGAUCGGCCUCUGGUCCGUGCUCUGCUUCCUCUCCACCUUCGCCACCGUCUCCACCUUCCUCAUCGACAUGGAGCGCUUCAAGUACCCCGAGCGGCCCAUCAUCUUCCUGGCCGCCUGCUACCUCUUCGUCUCGCUGGGCUACCUGGUGCGCCUGGUGGCCGGCCACGAGAAGUUCACCGUGCUCUACACCGUGCCGGCCGCCAGCGUGGUCGCCUGCCUCUUUUAUGAGCAGCACAACCGGCCCCGCUGGGAGGCCACGCACAACUGCCCCUGCCUGCGCGACCAGCAGCCCGACCAGGCCCGCCGCCCCGAUUACGCCGUCUUCAUGCUCAAGUACUUCAUGUGCCUGGUUGUGGGCAUCACCUCCGGCGUCUGGGUCUGGUCCGGCAAGACCCUCGAGUCCUGGCGGGCCCUCUGCACCCGCUGCUGCUGGGCCAGCAAAGGUGCCGCCGUGGCUGGGGGCACGGGAGCAGGAGCGGGCGGGCAGGCCGCCAUCGCUGCUGCUGGAGGACUUGGGGCCGGUGGAGGCGGCUCCCUGUACAGCGAUGUCAGCACCGGCCUGACGUGGAGGUCUGGCACUGCCAGCUCCGUCUCCUACCCCAAGCAGAUGCCUCUGUCUCAAGUGUGAGGAGGGGGAGAGAGGCCAUAGGUUAGGGAAUGAGGGACACUGGCCUGCCUGAAAUGCCCCCUCACUGUUUGGUGCCAUUAAUGAACCACUAAUGGUCCUUAUUAGCCACGGCUUGUAUAGAACAAUGCAGCUGGCAGAGGCCCCAGGCUCCAGCCCCCUCCUCCUUCCUCUCCAUUCAUAUGCAGGGAGCAUGUACUUCAAGGAGCCAGCAUAUUAUUUUGCUGGCAGAGGAGGGCAGGGGCUCACCCGUAUCUUGCAGAGGGCAAGGCAGAGCGGCUCCUGAUUCACUCUGGACUAACAGCAGCUUGCGGGAGGGAGAGUCUUCCUCCCCCAUCUCGAAGCGGGAGUCUGCUGGAACUACAGGUUUUUGGGAUAUCAAUGACCAGGCAAAUGCCUUAUAACACAGACUGAAUCAAAACAUGUCUUAAUUAUACACCCCAGAUAAAUACGGGUUUCCUACGUUAAAGGAUGUAUUUAUAUAAUUAUUUGUUACCUUGUACAGAUUUGUAAAAUAUGUAUAUAUCCAAAGCUAUACAGUCUGUAAAUUUUUUUGUAAAAAAGUUUAGAGGCUACCCCUGUAAGAGCAAAUAUGAGUAUUCUAUUUUGUCAAUAAAAUGACUUUUGAUAAAUGA